AUGAACACAGCUACACAUACUUGCCCCAGCGAUGAAAAACAGCAUAUUGUUUCUCCAGGUUUGGAUACUUUUGCUCGGGAUGUUGAAACCAAUGAGCCUGCUGAAAUGCUUGUUGAAGACACUUCUCAAUCUCAGGCGUUUGCAUCUUUUGUUGAUGGUUCUGAAUCUGUUGAAAAAAUGGAAAUUGCUUGCAAUCAUGUGUCAAACUCGGAUACAAUAUUUUCACCUGUUCUGAAUGAUGAACUGGAUGGAACUGAUCGAGUAUUUACGGCAGGAAGCUCUGUGCACUGGGAAAUUCCUAGGUGGGGAGGCGACGAAAACAGCAACAAGAUUUGCUUUGACAGUCAAACUUGCAACGUUUCUGAUUUCUUUAUUUCAGACGUUCUUAUUGCGAGCUUACCGUUUGAUGAGAGUGGAAACAAUGAUCCAUUCACCGAAAUAAGCCCCUUGCCUCAUUACAUCUUUCCUGAGCAGUACAUGAUACUACCUUACUUAGAAGAUGGAUCAGCCAACACAGAUGAUGUUAAGUCAGAUGUUGACAGCAGGAUUAAUCUCGAUAACCAUGACUUAUUUCUGGCAUUCAACCGGACAAGAUCGAACAAUAUGCAACCAGAGGAUCAUGCUGAAUCUGAGCAAGCUGAAGAAUUUGACCCUCAGCUUUUUAUAAAGAAUCAGCCGGAACUAUCGGAUGUUGUAUCCAACUAUUGGCCUAGGGAUACCCUAAGAAAGAAGUCUGUGACCCUUGUCCUUGAUUUGGAUGAAACUUUGGUCCAUUCGACUCUGGAACCGUGCAAUGCUGCAGAUUUUUCUUUCAGAGUCUUUUUCAACAUGCAAGAGAACACGGUCUAUGUGAAACAAAGGCCACACCUCUACAAGUUCUUGGAGAAGGUGGUAGAAUUGUUUCAUGUUGUUAUCUUCACAGCUAGCCACAGCAUCUAUGCGACUCAACUUCUAGAUAUAUUGGACCCGGAUGGAAAGUUCAUAUCACAGCGUUUUUAUCGCGACUCAUGCAUUCUUUUGGAUGGAAUAUACACCAAGGAUUUAACUGUUCUGGGUCUUGAUCUGGCCAAAGUGGCUAUAAUUGACAACUGUCCGCAGGUGUACAGAUUGCAGAUGAAUAAUGGGAUCCCUAUCAAAAGUUGGUACGAUGAUCCAACUGAUGAUGGUUUGAUUUCUAUACUUCCCUUCUUGGAGUCUUUGGCUGUUGCUGAUGAUGUUCGGCCUAUCAUUGGCAGGAGAUUUGGUAACAAGGAAUAA